GAACCCAUUUUCCGUGCACUUCAACAAAUCCUGCUGGAAGCACGCAGAGAGUCCAGCAAAACUGAGCUUUCGCAGGCUUUAAAGAGAAUUGCCUUGGAAAAAGGUUUUGCGAUUUCUGACAAUCAAGGAAAAGGAAACUGCAUGUUUUUUGCACUUUCAGAGCAGCUUGACCUCAUCAAAGGAAUUCAAACGUCCCAUGAUGAGUUACGUCGAACUAUUGUUCAACACCUUCGGGAAAACCCCAGGCUGGUACGUACCUUAUUGUUUAUUAUUUCUAGGGUGCACACAUUUGCAGUAUACUCGCAUACUCGUCUCUUUUGCCCGCUACAUUUUUUAAAGUUUAAAACAAUAAGGCCCUGUCCACACGUAUCCGAAAAACGCGUCCACACGUAGCCUAUUUGAUUAUUUUUCGCCCGUGCACCUAAAAACGCUAAAAUGAUUGAGAUACGAUAGCAUCCCUUUACAGAGCAUGCGCAAUGUUGUAUUCUAAAUUCUCUGUAUUCGUCCAUACGCAAUUGGUUUUAUAAAAUCUCCAUUCUUGGGACCAUUUGUGAAAACCUGCUUCUUCGUCGCCCAGAAAUGCCGAUCACGUGUGGACGGAAGGCUAAAAUGGACAAAUAAAUCUCCGAUUUAAAAAAAUAUAUAUAUCCGGAUACGUGUGGAAGGGGCCUCAAAUUCCUGCAAUUGAAUGUGACGGCUGUACGGGUUUGCUGCAAAUGAAUCCACCCUUUACGAGUAAAACAUCAGCUCUGCAUGAGCACCACGCUUGUUUGUACUUUGCUUCGUCGUUCACUGCACGAGUGCGACGCAAAACGUCCGUAUGCGACGUUUUGUGUAGGGCACCGAACCACCGACAGUGAAUUAUUGUUUUCGGGCUGGGAUACAGUCAUUAAGAACUCAAAUCUAAGAAAAUUCGUCGACUUAUGUUAAAUUACGCAUGGAUAAAUAAGCGCGAUAAAGUUUGAGAGAACGCGAAUUCUUUUCCCAAGUUACGUUUCGAGUCGGAGGCAUAAAUGGAUACGGAGAAAUUUUUUUUAUCUGUAUUUGUCGGCUCGAUCGUCAUGCUCAUGUCCUAAUUUAUUUUUUAACUGUACGGUAUAUUGCUAAACUUGAAAUGUCGACCAACACCAGUUUUGUGUGAACAGGAUAUGUCUGCAUACUGGUUUAAAAGUCGCAAUUUGCAAACUCACAUUAUUUUAACAGUAAACAUCCCUACACCUCGACACCUUUCCUAAAACCUCCUAAACCUACUCCACCUCCCUAAAAGAAUUGGUCCUUGCCGUUCUCACCUGUUGUUUUUUUUUUGACAUUUUUAAGGGGAGUAGUAUAGGUCAAACAGGUUAGACCCGUUUUUGUAGUCGAAUCUUAUUACUUGGAAGUGGAAUAAAUUAACGUCGAUGAUAUGAAAUCUUUAUCUCAGCAAUAAAAUGCGGUGGAAUCUCAUCAAGAUAACGUCACGAGCUAUUUUUAUGUAGUAUUUAGUAUAUCCAUUAAUUCUUAUAUUGAUGAUGUAACUUGUUGGGAUCUUGUCCUUAUUUUGUGAGAAUGAUGUCGUAGGUCAUUUUAAAUUAUGUGUGUCAUGUCUUUAUUUGGUCAAGACGACAACCUCUGACUUAAAAUCACUGAACCACGAUGCCCUCAUUGUCCAUUGCAGACAUCUUGGGCUGUCUUCACACUAUACGGUAUAGCGUUUUCGCGGGCACGAGAAUAAUACUGGAUGGGGUUUCAGUUCACACAUGAGAACGGUGAUUUCGGCGCGAUUUCUUUAACGCGCCGAUCUCUUAAGUGGAGAGUCACAUAUCGGAUAGACGGUCACUCUAUAACGGAUGGCUUCUCGUAUCGUCACAAAAGGUUAUCCGGUAUAGUAUGAGCAUAGCUUUAUUGUUCUGGUUCCGGUUCACUGAUUCUUGGCGCGCAAAUGAGCUAAGGAGAUCAUCGACGUUAAUUUAUUCCACUUCAAAAAAGGUGUCUAAUGGGUGCGUCCUAUACUGCUUAAGCUGAGAUAUCUCGUCUAGUGUAGAAAUCAGUGGGGUCCGUCUUAGAGAGAGCUGACAGGGCAGCUGCCUGAAUAUAUACCUUCUACCAAAGCACUCCACUUUUUUGCAUUAACUAUAGUAUUUUCUUUCUUUCUUACAGCCGGAUGGGACAGAACUGUUUCAUUUUGUUGAUGGAUAUCCAUCUUGGGAUGCCUACCUCUCAAGCAUGAUGGCAGAUGGUACAUGGGGUGAUCACCUGAUUCUACACGGCGCGGCAAACUGUUUUCAAACGUGCAUCCACGUGAUGAGCAGUCUGCAGCAUCGCCAUGACGUAAUGAUCUGCCCAGAGUUUGAUGUUACUGGUAGCAACCGGCUUGUGCUGGGUCACUUGCACGAGCUUCACUAUGUUAGCCUUAUUCCACAUAACCGAAGUAAAGAUGUCUGA